CCGAGGCUGGGGCUCCGGCGGGGGAUGCGCGCCGGCCCGAGCGCCCCCAGCCUCCACGGGAGUCGUGCUCGCCAUGGGCCGUCCCCAACUGCUCCUGCCCCUGUGUGCCUCUGUGUCUUUGCUGGGUGGCCUGACCUUCGGUUAUGAACUGGCAGUCGUAUCAGGUGCCCUGCUGCCCCUGCAGCUUGACUUCGGGCUUUCCUGCUUGGAGCAGGAGCUCCUGGUGGGCAGCCUGCUCCUGGGGGCUCUCCUUGCCUCCCUGGUGGGGGGCGUCCUCAUCGACCAGUAUGGCAGAAAACAAGCCAUCCUCGGCAGCAAUGUGGUGCUUCUGGCAGGCAGCCUGAGCCUUAGCCUGGCUGGCUCCCUGGCCUGGCUUGUCCUGGGCCGCUUGGUGGCUGGCUUUGCCAUCUCCCUCUCCUCCAUGGCCUGCUGUAUUUAUGUGUCAGAGCUGGUGGAGCCCCGGCAGCGGGGAGUGCUGGUGUCCCUCUAUGAGGCCGGCAUCACCCUGGGCAUCCUGCUCUCCUAUGCACUCAACUACGCAUUAGCUGGUGCCCCCGGGGGAUGGCGGCAUAUGUUCGGCUGGGCCGCGGUACCUGCUCUUCUGCAGUCCCUCAGCCUCUUCUGUCUCCCUGCUGGGACCACUGAGGCGGCAGCCCGCAGGGACCUCAUUCCUCUCCAGGGAGGUGAGGCCACCAAGCUGGGGAGGCCAAGAUACUCCCUGCUGGACCUCUUUAGGGCCCGGGAUAACAUGCGAGGCCGGACCAUGGUGGGGCUAGGGCUGGUGAUUUUCCAGCAACUAACGGGGCAGCCCAACGUGCUGUGCUAUGCUUCUACCAUAUUCCACUCAGUCGGCUUCCGUGGGGGCUCCUCAGCUGUGCUGGCCUCAGUGGGACUCGGCGCCGUGAAGGUGGUGUCCACCCUGACGGCCCUGGGGCUGGUGGACCGAGCAGGCCGCAGGGCCCUGUUACUGGCUGGCUGUGCCCUCAUGGCCCUGUCGGUCAGCGGCAUCGGGCUCGUCAGCUUCGCCGCGCCCAUGGACUCCAGCCCAAGUUGCCUGGCCGUGCCCAACGCCAGCAGGCCGGCAGGCCUCCCUGGAGACUCGAGCCUGCCAGGGGCCGUCGUAAGUCCACCUCCACUGCCAGUGACCAGUGAGAACCAAGGGAAGCCAGUCCCCCCAACCUCUAUGAAAAUCAAGCCCCAUCCCAAAGCUGGGAACCGCACAGCUCCUCCCCUGCCGGCCUUAGGCACCGCCGCCCCUGCGCCCCCUUCUGCCCCCGAGCACGCCCUGCAGCACUGGACCGCGCUGGUCUGCAUGAUGGUCUUUGUGAGCGCCUUCUCCUUUGGAUUUGGACCAGUGACCUGGCUUGUCCUCAGCGAGAUCUAUCCCGUGGCGAUCCGAGGCAGAGCCUUCGCCUUCUGCAACAGCUUCAACUGGGCUAGCAACCUCCUUGUCAGCCUCUCCUUCCUCCACCUCAUCGGCACCAUCGGCUUGUCCUGGACCUUCCUGCUCUACGGGCUGACGGCUGUCCUCGGCCUGGGCUUCAUCUAUGCAUUUGUCCCUGAAACAAAAGGCCAGUCUUUGGCAGAGAUAGACCAGCAGUUCCAGAAGAGACGGUUCGCCCUGAGUUUUGGCCACAGGCAGAGCUCCACCAGCGUCCCGUACACCCGCAUCGAGGUCUCUGCCACCUCCUGAGGAGUCCAUCUGCCUGGAAGAUGCUGGAACCAUGGCUUUAGCAGACAGUCUCCAGCUUC